AUGCUCGAAGACGAAGAAGCCAUCGAUUACGGCGAGGAGGAGCUGGUUGCACCCGUCGCUGGUCAGGAUGAGGUGGGCAUCAUCCCCGACAAUUUGGCCGCACGCUCUGAAGAUUCCAAAGGUGCGACUCUAAAAGAGGAGUCCACGCCGUCAACACUAGUAAUCACUCACGACGGAGCCGCUCCUUCAGCUACAACAGCCGUCAGCGAUGACGCAGCAGCUGUUGCAUCGAGGCUUGAAAAAGAGCGUACAGAGGACUCUAAAGAGGACUCUGAUGUGCAAGCCGAGGAUACGCAGCCAGAGCAUGAAGUACGCGGUCAGCGAGCCAGUGUAACAGCUUGCUCAUCCACCGAUGCCGACAGGAGCGCCGACGUGCCCAAACAGAUGGAUGCUGCUGGUGAUGGUGAAUGUACACCAGAAGACCUGCUACCUGGCUGGAUACCCAUCAAGUCCCGCUCUGGUCAAGGCGAAGUGUAUUACUACAACGAAGAUACGGGUGAGAGCAGGUGGACCAAACCGAUCGCCUCGUCACAGUCCGGCACCAAAGGUGACUCGAAACGGACCGCGGCCUUGAGUAGUAGUGAUCGGCCGCAACAGCAGCAACAGAAGCAACAGCAGCCGAAGAAAAAAAAGAAAAAGAAGUCACAACGCGCCAGGGACGCUGAAAAGGCCAAGAUUGUGGCUGCAGCAGCCAAAGAGCAGCAAUCUUGGCAACACCGACGCGGUGGACGCGAUUCUGGACCUACUGCGGCACAAGCGAAGCAGCCGGAUGUUGAGCGAAAGCAGGAUGUACCCAAGGACAGCAAGGGAGGCAAGCAGCAGCGACAGAAGGACAAAGCGUCGCAGGGCAUCAGUAUCAAAGGUGCCGCUCAGCGUCAGACGGAGCCCGCCGACUCGGGAAAGGAAGCAGCGUCCAAGCAGAACCAACAACAGCGAUCGAACGGCGCACAGCCAAAACAAGAGGGGCCCAAAGGAAAGCGCAAGCACGGCAACAAAGGAGGUGCAAACGACAACGAAAAGCGUCAUGAAAAGGAAGGGUUGUCCAAGCAAGCAUCCAAGAGUGAAUCAAAUCGACGAGAGAGCGGCAGAGACGAUGCAAAGCGUCAGCGUAUGGAUCGAGACGAUCGUGGCCAGGAGGAGGGUGGAGGUGGAGCUCGUGCGACGAGCAGUUGGUCAGCAGACGCCGCACCGCGAGAUCGUAAGAAAGCGGACUUUUGGCGUCCUGGAGGCGACAGUGCAAGAGCGGCGGCAAAAUACGCAGACAGCGACCGACGGGAAGGCGAUUCGUCGACGCGCGAUCAAGCAAGCAAGCGAGAAGCUGCGACGUCAGCCGACCGAAGACGCGCAGACGGAGAUGCUCGAGAGCGACAAGGCGAUCGGAGGGAUGACCAUCGUCGAGACAAGGGCCGUGAGCGUGAUCGGGAGCGCGAUCAGGAUGGGCGCACUACAUCCAGAAGGAACGAGACGUCGGACAAGCCAAAAGCGAGUGGGGACUCGGACUCGAGAGCAGCCAAGGAUGGAAGUACAAGGGCGGCGUUGAACGGCAAUGGAAACGACAGCGCCAGGAACGGAAAAGGGAGCCGCAACGAUCGGGGCACAAACGAUGGCCGAGCUUCACAGCAGCAAAGACAACGCGGAGCCAAGGGACAGCCGCACGAACUCAGCUCGAUCAAUUCGACCCACUCGAACCACAAGCGUCAAUGGGGAGGAGCGGCUUCCAAGCCAGCACCGUAA